AUGGGUUCUCGGGCCCUGAAGCUGUGUGCCCUCUUCUGCCUGGUGGUUCACUCGGUUUCUGGUAACCCCAUCAUGAGCCUGGAGCCGUCGCCUCUGGAAGAAGACAUGCCUCUCUUUGAUGAUGUCUUCUCGGAGCAAGAUGGUGUCGACUUUAAUACACUGCUGCAGAGCAUGAAGAACGAGUUUCUGAAGACAUUGAACCUGUCUGACAUCCCCACUCAGGAUCCAGCCAAGGUGGACCCACCAGAGUACAUGUUGGAACUCUACAACAAAUUCGCAACCGAUCGGACCUCCAUGCCAUCUGCCAACAUCGUUAGGAGUUUCAAAAAUGAAGAUCUAUUUUCCCAACCAGCCAGUUUUCAUGGGCUCCGAAAAUAUCCUCUCCUCUUCAACGUGUCCAUCCCUCAUCAUGAAGAGGUCAUCAUGGCUGAACUCAGACUAUACACCCUGGUGCAAAGAGACCGCAUGAUCUAUGAUGGUGUGGACCGGAAAAUCACCAUUUUUGAAGUUCUAGAGAAUAAAGGGGACAAGGAAGGGGAAAGAAACAUGUUGGUUUUGGUGUCUGGGGACAUCUAUGGAACCAACAGUGAGUGGGAGACCUUUGAUGUCACAGAUGCCAUCAGACGUUGGCAAAAAUCAGACUCAUCCACCCACCAGCUGGAGGUCCACAUUGAGAGCAGAUUUGAAGAAGCUGAUGAUAAUGGCAGGGGACAACUGGAAAUAGACACCAGUGCUCAUAAUAAGCAUGUGCCUUUGCUUGUUGUGUUUUCUGAUGACCAAAGCAGUGACAAGGAACGGAAAGAGGAGCUCGAUGAGAUGAUUGCGCAUGAGCAAUUUCUGGAGCUGGAUGACCUGGGCCUGGGUGGUUUUUCCAGUGGUCCUGGGGAAGAGGCUUUGCUGCAGAUGAGGUCAAACAUCAUCUACGAUUCUACUGCCCGAAUUAGAAGAAAUGCUAAGGGAAACUACUGCAAGAAGACCCCCCUCUACAUCGACUUCAAGGAGAUUGGGUGGGACUCCUGGAUCAUUGCUCCUCCCGGAUAUGAAGCCUAUGAAUGCCGAGGUGUUUGCAACUACCCCCUGGCAGAGCAUCUCACACCCACGAAGCAUGCAAUUAUCCAAGCCUUGGUCCACCUCAAGAAUUCCCAGAAGGCUUCCAAAGCCUGCUGCGUGCCCACGAAGCUAGAACCCAUCUCCAUCCUCUAUUUAGACAAAGGCGUCGUCACCUACAAGUUUAAAUAUGAAGGCAUGGCAGUUUCCGAAUGUGGCUGUAGAUAGGAGGAGAGUCUGUGGCUUAUUUAAUAACUGUA